AUGGAGUCUCUUUACAAGAACUCUGUUUGGGAAUUGGUUCCUAAGCCCAAAGACAGAAAGCUAGUUGGAUGCAAGUACGUAUUUAGGAAAAAGGAAGGAUUACAUGAACAAGGAGUCAUGAGAUUCAAAGCAAGGCUCGUGGCUAAAGGGUACUCACAAAAGGAAAUUGUGGAUUAUGAUGAGAUCUUUUCACCCGUAGUGAAGCAUACUUCUAUCAUAUUGCUUUUAGCAAUGGCAACUCAGCAUGACAUGGAGAUUGAGCAGAUGGAUGUGAAGACAGUGUUUCUUCAUGGGGAUCUAGAGGAGACAAUUUUCAUGGUUCAACCAGAAAGGUUUGUUGAAUAUGGGAAAGAAAACCUAGUAUGUCAGCUAAGGAAGUCCCUGUAUGGCCUGAAACAGUCUCCAAGACAAUGGUACAAGAGGUUUGAUUAUUUCAUGCUGAAAAUCAAUUUUAGAAGAUGUUUAUAUGACUGUUGCAUGUACUAUCAUGUAUUCCAAGAUGGGAUAAUCAUAUUGCUAUUGCUAUAUGUGAAUGACAUGUUAAUCGCUUGUCAAGACAAGUCUAGAAUUCAAGACUUGAAGAAGAUGUUAAGCGAGGAGUUCGACAUGAAGGAUCUAGGUGCAGCACAAAAGAUCCUUGGCAUGGAAAUUCAGAGAGAUAGGACUGCUGGAAGGAUCUGGAUAUCACAAGCCAAGUAUAUUCAAAAGGUUCUUGAGAAGUUCAACAUGCAAGAAGCAAAGCUAGUUUUUACUCCUUUGGCAGCUUACUUCAAGUUAAGUGGUAACAGUGUCCUAAGUCCAAGGAAGAGCAGCAAGUAA